AUGCUUGACAAUGGUGAUAUCAACUUGCUCGAAAACCUCAUCAACGGACUUCUGAUGGAACUUCCGUCCAAACCGUUCAGCGCCAUCCUACUUGAGCUUACCCGUGUGAGCGAGAUAGGAUCUCCUAAACUGAUGGGUUUACGAGGCUUCCCUGGCCAAGAUGGCAAACUCUACCUGCAGGUGGCUAAGAGAGCACUACGCAUGUAA